AUGGCAUUCCCCCCCUUCUUCCGAAAACCACGACGCAAGUCAUCCCGAGGAAGUGACCAAGCAGAAGAAAGCAAAACACCACAAAAGCGACCAACAAAAGCCCGAACCCCCUCCCACAUAAGCCUCACCUCCGACUGGGUAACCAGACCCCUCAGUUCUCUCCCCUCCACCCCUCUCCCUCCCGCAUCACCAAAGUCCAUUCCCGUUCCUCAAGAAGACUCUUCAACAAUCUCCAUGCAUUCGUCCCUCUCCUCGUGGGUGACCUCUCCUCCGUCUCCUCCACCCUCAAAAGUGAAGCUUUAUUCCUAUAUGAACCACCUCUCAAUUCCACACUUGGAUCAGAACAUCUGCUAUAUACUUGCACACCAAGAAGCUAUACCAGAUAAUCUCCGAGCAGCAUGUUUUCAAAAUGCUUUACGGUUCUGGGAGGAAUAUAUCCUUCCUUCGUCCGCGGUGAAGGUGUGGCAUGAGGAUAUUACUCAGGCUGAGCUGGAGGAUUUGAUGAUUGUGGGAGCGAGAUUGGGACAUGAGUAUGCGUUGCCUUGGGCAAUCCGACAGAGGGAGUCAUACACGGCACUCUCCGCGGAGGCCAAAAAGCAGAAGAUGGCGGAAGAGGCUUAUAAGGAUAUUGAUACCUGCCGAGAUACCACUGGUGACAGCGAUUGCGAUGAGAGUGACAGUGACGAAGAAGUCCCACUUUCUGCCAGCUAUCAACAUCUCCUUGGUAAUAGAGAUCCAUUUGAUCUUCCUAUCUCCUGGGGCCGCGCAUUCGGUCGCGAUCUAGUUCUUCGUGAGAGCUUUCGGCCCACCACGAAUGAUAUUGAAGAUGAAGAUUACGAUGCUCUUGAAGGCGCCUAUCCAGAUUUCAAACGAGCUAGGGAGGAGGCUAUGGAGCUGGAGAUGGGAAGGUUGGGAUGGAGUCAGAAUGUUAAUCUGGAGAAUGAGGUGAAGGGGAAGGGGAAAGGAAAGGAGAGCGACCGGGAAAAUUACGAAAGUCCGACUGUGAAAGGUAAAGAGGGUGUGGAUUUUGGUGUCUAA